AUGCUGACCGAGACGCCAACCCGCAGCUUGGCAUCGCGGAUUCACAUCCGCGCCAAUUACACACAUAGCGUGGUGUCAAGUCGCGAGUCGAAAAUUCGCGGCUACAGGCGGGAUCGCAGAACGGAAGCCUCUUGUCUAGCCGAGUUGAAGCUCCUGUCGCAGAUUUGGCACCCACUAUUGGCGUUCGGUGCCGCCAUCAUGUCACAUGCCAACUGCGCUUGCCCCAACACGGCCAUAGCGCACAAGCUUGACUCUCCACAGGAAGCCGCUCUGCACGAUGCCAGCGCUCCGUUUGAGUCACCUGCGCUGGCGAUACACUGCCGACACGCUCGCUGCCGUGGGCGUCGUAACGAAAUGCCAAUCAACAGCUCCGAUCAAAACGGCGUAGACGCAAGCGGCUUGAAAACUUGCUGCCAGGUAACUUUGAAUUCUCACAAGCGUGUAGCUUGUAGACCUUGA